CCCGGGAACCGUCGGCUGCCGCCCGGUCCCCCCUGGACCGGGGCGGGGGGGUCGUUGGUCUCGGUACCGGCUGACGGAGGUGCGAGGUCCGGCCGGGACCCUCCGCAGGAGGAGCGGGUUAAGGGAAAAAGGUCACUGGCCACCCUGGCUAAUGGCCUCCACGGGUGACAUGGAGGCCAGCGGCUCCCACCCCUUGGCGGUUUCUCCUUUCCACUCGGGGCGUUACGCGCCGUCACUCUGCCACGCACUUGCGCAACGUCCCUCCGUGAAGCUGCUGAACCCGCUGCGGCCGCCGGUCCCUGACGCUUUUUCUUCCAGCGAUAGGGAGGGAAACCCGCUGGACCACUGUACGGAUGUAUACGGGUUCGCUCUGGUUUUGAACCGGGUGCACGGCUGACCUUUAUGUGACGGGAAUCCUUGCUUUCAACGGCCUUAAAAGCUACCUGUUGCACCCCGGUGUAUUUUUGCACUUAUCCUCAGAAGUUUAAUUUCGGAGAUGGUCGUCCUGUUUGUAAUUGCUUUAGUGUUUUUCUCAUCGUUUUCCUAGGUGGUGCCUGGAUACGUUCUGGUACAGCAUGUACAGCUGUUCCACCGUCUUCCUUCCUCAUAGCAGCAAGCCGAGGUGUCUCUGCCCCAGUUAUCGUUGUUACUCGUUUACGCUGCAGUAGCCUGUUGGCGUUCGGGGCCAGAACUCAAGUAUAUGCCAAGCAAAACCACUUGGAGAAUGUGUGAUCCAACAGGUUUAGUUUUCACCCCAAAGUUGUGGGGGACGCCGUGCGGUGGUGGGAUCACUGGGGAUCGUGCAAUGUUCUUGGGAACAUUCAGAACUGCUGUGGCGCGUGUUGGAGAGCUGGGAAGACACUCGAGGAGCCCUCUGAGCAGGGUGCCGGGACACCCCAGGCUCUGCUCGCACGCCUGCACCGAUGCCCAACACUGAGUCACUCCGCUCUCCGGCCCAGCCCGCCCAUCUGUAAGAUGCAACUGCUUUUGUAAAGCCCUUUACUACACAGCUGAAGAGCUAACAAGGCCUGUAGCCUUGACACUGCAAGACCACCACUUCUUCCAGUAAUGGAGUGUUACGAAGGGUCAUACAGUCUUGUCAGUACCAAGCCCUUUCCAGUGGUUCUGGUGUAACAAUGCUGUUUACUUCAGGCCUCCAGAAGGCCCGGUUCUGGUGCCACUGAUUGUUCUGCAGGAGGGAAGGUGGCUUUGCCUGGAGGGAAGCUGAUGGGCAGAAGAAAAAGGCUUUGAAUUGAUUCUUCAUGCUCCUUUGUUGAAGGAGAUCUGUUAGGGUCACUGCUGGAUGUCCGUGUGAUGUUGCUGUGUGGAGAUUGGUGGGAAACACCUUUCAAGCUUGGGAGAUGCCGGGGGUUCAGCCUUGGUGCAGACGGGCUGAUCCGUGGCUGGCGAGGACUGCAAGGAGCAGCAGCCGUGCCCUGCAGCUGAGAUGCUUCUGCCGCUCCUAGCCUCAGGGGGACUCCGGAGGCGGCCCCAGGUGGCAUACAGCACCAAGGAGGAGAGCACUGCAAGGCCUGUUGGGCGGUACCCGGUACCCAAUAAGAAGGACAUGCCGUAUGACAUUGUGGAGCUCAUGGAAGAAGUAGAAAUGAAGACUGGAUUUCUGCCCAAUGUGUUCAAAGCCAUGUCUCACCGACCUGCUGAAUUCAGAGCCUUUUUUGCUUAUUACAAUGCCAUUAUGAACAAAGACACAGGGCGACUCAGCAAAGCAGAUAAAGAGCUCAUAAUUGUGGCUACGAGUGCUGUGAAUAGAUGUCCCUACUGUGUGGUUGCACACGGAGCACUUCAUCGGAUAUAUUCCAAGCAGCCGGCGCUGGCUGACCAGGUCAUUGUGAACUGGAAACUGGCUGACCUGAGCGACCGGGACCUGGCAAUGCUGGAGUUUGCUCUUGCAGUCUGUCGAGCUGACAACAUCACUGAAGAGCAUUUCCAGAAGCUGGAGAGGCAUGGUUUUGACCGUGAAGACGCCUGGGACAUAGGCAUGAUUUCUGCUUUUUUCGCCAUGUCUAAUCGCAUAGCUCAUUAUAUUGACCUGCGCCCAAACAAGGAAUUCUACAUGAUGGGCAGGACGCCCGGUGGAGAGAUGGAGGAGGAAGCUUGAGCGUGCCCGACUCGGCUCUCUGACGCCUAGGCGCCCGAAAAAUUCAUCAAGCUCUUAACUCUCAA